AUGAUUUCGUUUGCUUUAAAGAAAUCUCAGAAUAAGGAGACUAAGCAGGCUAAGGAAGUACCCGUCUGCCGAGAAACUGGAACAUGUCAGCUGUAUCAAUCCAGUCGUGCAGUAGACGGAGACAUUAACACGUGUACAAGGACAGCAUCUAUUGGAACUAAUACUUUUGAUCCAGAUAAAUGGACAUGGUGGUAUGUUGACCUUGAGAAAGUACUCAGCAUCUUCAGCAUCAGAAUACAGUUCAAAGAUUAUGGAGAACAAUAUGAGAGACAAAGAGGGCGUUUUGCUGGUUUCUCGCUCUAUGUGUCUAAUACAACUAUAAAGGAGGACGGGUAUCUAUGUUACAGGAACGGACAGGAGUCACCGGUCUUGGAUUUCAGUACAACUUGUGUCAAACAUGGACGUUACAUUAUAUUUUACAAUGAAAGACUUGACGGAACGACUUAUCCUACCGGAUAUGAAACAGGCAACGUUUACACUGAAUUGUGUGAAGUAACUGUAACAGGUUGUAAAGAAUCCGGUAUGUAUGGACAUGACUGUAAUCUACCCUGCCCAAACAACUGUCAGGAAUUGAGAUGUGACAUUAUCAACAGAACGUGUUUGGGUUGUACUGCAGGAUGGAUGGGCGAGUUUUGUAACAGGUUAUGUCCAGCUGGAUAUUACGGUCUACAGUGUAGAUCUACGUGUACUGGACACUGCAGAGACAACCUGUCCUGCAAUCACACCACUGGACAAUGUGACUAUGGCUGUGGCGAUGGAUUGACAGGAACACAUUGCAACACAGAGUGUCCAGCAGAAUCAUACGGCCCUGAUUAUGUGUAUUACUGUAGUGGACAGUGUCUGAGUUACCUCCCCUGUAACAGGACAACAGGAAGAUGUGACGGAGGCUGUAAUCCAGGAUAUACCGGGGAACUCUGUGACAAAGGACGUGUACCCUGGCGAAGGUGGGAGCAAGUCCUCCUCAGGUCAGAGCACUCUGGUUGUAUUGCUAACCAAGCAGAUCUCGUUGUGAAUGGUAACUUUGUGGAACCAUUAAGAAUGUCUGAUACGGAUGUGCUGCGGACAACAGAGUCCAUAGACUGUGCGACAAAAGAACCGAUUUGGCAGUUAGGUUCUAUGCACUCAGGGGCGUUGCGACUUGAAUGGUCCGAGGCAUGUGACAAAGGAACAUAUGGAAUAAACUGCUCCAAGAAUUGUUCUCAGAAAUGCCUCGAUGUAUGUGAUAAUGUUGGCGGAUCCUGCACGUGUUCCUCUGGGUGGAAUGAGUCACCUGACUGUAGUGAAAAGGUACCUAUUGUCAGUAAUGACGAGUAUAGUACCCCGGAUGCAUACAUCGCAGCCUUGUCGAUCUCACUGGUUAUCAACUUUAGCCUGGUCGUUGUCAUUGUUAUAUUAUUGAGGCUACUCUAUAACAGAAAACAAGAGAAGCGUUCCUCAGACUAUAUCGCUAGUUCCGAAAUAUCACCUCCAUCACAAGUCAGCAAUACCGAUGUACACCAGUAUCAGGAACUCAACAUCUCCAAUGAUAAAAUCAUAUCUCAGAAUAAGGAGACCAAGCAGGCUAAGGAGGUACACCUCUGCCAACAAACUGGAACAUGUCAGCAGUAUCAAUCCAGUUAUGCAGUGGAUGGAGACAUUAACACGUGUACAAGGACUGCAAAGUUUGGAGCUAGAACACCAGAUAUAUUGACAUGGUGGUAUGUUGAGCUUGAGAAAGUACUCAGCAUCUUCAGCAUCAGAAUACAGUUCAAGGACUAUGAAGGACAAUAUGGUAUGCCUGUCCAGCUGGAUAUUACGGUCUACAGUGUGGAUCUACAUGUACUGGACACUGCAGAGACAACCUGUCCUGUAACCACACCACUGGACAAUGUGACUAUGGCUGUGGUAAUGGAUGGACAGGAAUACAUUGCAACACACAGUGUCCUGCAGAAUCAUACGGUCCUGGUUGUGUGUAUAACUGUAGUGGACAGUGCCGAAGUUACCUCCCUUGUAACAGGACAACAGGGAUAUGUGACGGAGGCUGUAAUCCAGGAUAUAUCGGGGAACUCUGUGACAAAGUAUGUUCAGUUGGCCGCUACGGAUUGCAUUGUUCAGAGAACUGUAGUUCCGGUUGUCGAUCUGAAAGUAAUCAUUGUAACCAUAAAGACGGACAUUGUGAACAUGGAUGUGACGAUGGAUUCCAGGGAAGUACAUGUGAAGAAAAUUGUGAUGACGGCUUUUAUGGAGAAAACUGCUCUACACCGUGUAGCGAAUACUGUAUCAAUCAGCCAUGUGACCAUAUCACAGGCAGCUGUACAUACGGAUGUAAACCGGGAUGGAGGACUCCCAACUGCAAACAGAAACGAUUUUUUUCUUUUGUGGUCUCAUACCUUUGACCCUUUCGUCAAAUUGAUUCCUUGCUAUGCGUUUGAGAGAAUAUUGUUAUUAUCAGAAUCUUCGCGGUCAGGAGGUUCUACAGCACAGUCCGAUACGACAGAUUCUGGCACAGUAACAGGAGCUGUGGGAGGGGCGGUAGGAGCCGUGGGUCUUAUUGUUAUCCUCAUCACAGGGAUACUGUUUAUACGAUGGAGAAGAAAGAAGGAGAGAAAGCAUGAAGAUACGGAGACGAUAACAUUUUCUUCUGUCCCAGAAACGUUAACAAUAGGUGAUAAAAAACAUGAAGAGAUGAAAAUGAGUGGAGUCGGAAAUCUUGGCUUAGAAUUAAAAACUGAGGGGGAAGUGCUAACGACGAAUACUAAAAUAGACAUAUCCGUCGCGGAUUUUGAUAAAGCAAUAGUUGUUUUGUCUGAAAAUCAGAAUGCCAAGUUUAAAGAAGAAUACAUGACAAUUCCUGGAGGAGAACUACACCCAUGUAAUGAAGGAAAGAAACAGGAAAAUGUUGCCAAAAAUCGAUACACCACCAUUUUCCCAUAUGACCAUUCACGUGUUGUUCUGACAUCAUCACCAAAAGACUCGGACUACAUUAACGCGAAUUAUAUUGAGGAUGUGCAAGGAAAGAAAUCGUAUAUUGCAGCGCAAGGACCAAAAUCAAAGACAAUAGUUGAUUUCUGGAAAAUGGUGUGGCAAGAAGACAUUAGUGUAAUUGUUUGUCUGACGAAUCUCAAAGAGGGAAAUAAGAACAAAUGUGCCCAAUACUGGCCAAAUUCCAGUGACAAGAUAAAGAAAGGCAACAUCAGCAUACGAAACCAGAAAGAAAACGUAUACGCGGACUACGUCAUCAGACACUUCCGCUUGCAAAACAGCGCCAAUAAAGCUGAGCGUGACGUGUGUAUGUUCCACUAUACGCAGUGGCCGGACCAUGGUGUCCCAGAACCGCUGGCUCUUGUGGUAUUCCAUCGACACGUUCUGAAAACUUCUGUCGAACAUCCAGGGAAGUACACUCUUGUCCACUGCAGCGCUGGGAUUGGUAGGACAGGGACGUACAUAGCAUUGGACGCGCUUAAUAAGGGAGGGGAGAUAACCGGGAAAGUUAAUACCCGGCAGUAUGUAGAAACCAUGAGAAACAACCGUGCUAACAUGAUUCAGGGCGACGAUCAAUACAGAGUUGUCUACUUGGCGUUACUUGAAUCAUUCCGAGAAAAAGGAAGGUCUGUAUCAACCAGGACAUUUCUACGAGAAUUCCAGGAUCAUUCCUGUUAUAUCAAUCUCGGAGAAGUAGCCAAUAAAUCACCACUUUCUGCUGAAUUUCAGGACCUGUUGUCCGGAAGACGAGAAUACACACAAGAAGACUACAAAACAGGGCGGCAAAACGUAUCAGCCAAUUACACACCCAGUGUUCUGCCUGUUGAAAGUUACAUGUGUCCAUUGUUAAACACUAAAGGGAAGAACACCUACUACAACGCAGUUUCUUUACAGUCGUUCACAAGAAAUGAUAAUUUCAUCAGUGCUCAAUACCCUCUCCCAGAUUACACAGAGGACUUCCUGAGACUUGUGAAGGCUUAUUAUGCACCUACAAUUGUAUCCCUGAGCCCGUUGGUGGAAAUCGAAUCGUCUUCACUUUGGCUUCCUGCUAAAAAUGAAAGCAAAACGGUUGGAGCAUUCACGACUAAAAUGACAGAUUGUACACAAACAACAACAGUCACCAAGACUAGCAUUACUCUGCACCAACAGGGAGCUAGCGGUAUGAGCGUUUGCGUACUGGAAUGUAGAAGAUGGAAAGCAGAAAGCGACUCCUCAAACCGGAGAGUUUUACUUGAUCUCGUCAAUGAAGCGAGGGUGGAGGAAAGGACCCACCCCGAGGGAAGGAUUCUGGUUCUGUCGAGUGAUGGAGUCAAGCGAUGUGGACAAUUCUUGGUUGUAUUCAAUGCUCUGGAACAACUUACAAUGGAUACAGAGGUGGACAUAUUUACAAUCACAAGACAACUCCAAAUCCGACGGCCAGAGUUCAUAUCUUCUUUGGAAGAAUAUCAGUUUUGUUACGAGGCCAUUGCUGAUCAUCUCCAAAAUAACACAGUGUACGCGAAUUGCUGAGGACCAGUCAAAGAGAUUAUGACAUCAACCAGCCUUCCUCCAAAUAACAAUGGAAACACAUUGAAGAAUUGUUUCAUUCACUGGAGACCAGUACUAUAUAUGUACUGGUAUUAUUGACUCACCCACACUUCACUUAUUGUAUUUGCUUGCUUCUUAUUAACUAUUCUUCCGCUUUUUCUUCUGCCUUAAAAUGUCCACAGCCGUUGUCCGUAACCAGUAGAUGAAAGUAUUAGAAACUCAAGGAUGUGAUAAGGCAAUACAUUUAGUUGUGUAGAAAUGUUUUUCUUUUCAGAUUAAAUGGGGUUAAGUUAUAUUUUGGGGGUGGGUCCAACAUAUUGUUUGAUUGAUUGAUUGUAUCUUGCUUAACGUCUCGCUCGAGAAUUUUUCACUCAUAUGGAGAAGUGAUCAAGACCGGUGAAGGGCUUCAAAUUUAGGUCUAUACUCGGCGCUUACGGCCAUUGAGCAGUGUGUGUUCUUUAGCGUGCCACACCUACUGUGACACGGAACAUCCGUUUUUAAGGUCAUCUCCGAGGACCCGUGACAUUCACACCUGAUGCCGAGCGUUUAUAUGUACUGGUAUUAUUAACUCACCCACACUUCACUUACUGUAUUUGCUUGCUUUUUAUUAACUAUUCUUCCGCUUCUUCUGCUUCUGCCUUAAACUGUCCGCAGCCGUUAUCCGUAACCAGGAGAUGAAAGUAUUAGAAAUUCAAGGAUGUGAUAAGCAAUAUAUCUAUUUGUGUAGAAAUGUUUUUGUUUUCAGAUUAAAUGGGGUUAAAUUAUAUUUAUAGAAUUAUGUUUGGAAAAAUUAGUUCCAAAAUUCAAGAGAUAUAACGUCUUUUUUCAGUUUUAACAACAUUUAUUCAGAUAUAUAGUCAGGCUUUUACACAACCCUUACAACCCAACCUGACCAGGGGGUACAGGGUUUUAAGAAUUCCAACUCUUUCGCUCACACAUUCACACGGACAGACAUGCAUACUAAAUGAUGGCUAGAAGUAAAGAAAGUAGAACAAAUGACAAUGUACUCUGGCUGAGUUCAUAAAUAUCAUACUAUAAUAAUUAACAAUCAGAUAUAUGAUGUAAUACCAAGGUUGUUAUUUAAUGAAAUACUACUUUAAACACACUAUUGAUUGAAUAUACAUUCACCUCAUCUCUUACGAAGAAAAAGAAAAAAUUAUAACAAAUGUAUAUAAUACUAAAAAAGAAGCAUUUUAGGAUAUUUUUGUUUUAACAUAGUUUACGUUAUGCUUGAGCUAAUGUUUCACAUAAUUUCCAUUUCUUUUCAAAUUGAUCUCUACAAUUAUAUUUACUUGCAAUUUGUUUUUCCACUCUGUAUACAUUAGUCCAAGUGGUUUAAAUGUACUCAAUGACAAACAAUAUCCUGUACAUUUGGUUAAGUAUAUAUAAUGUUUCAGAUGGUUAUUUUCAAAGUUUACCAUUUUAAUUUUCGAACAUCCAAGGAUAAAAGUAUUCUUAUCAGUUAUAAUAUUGAAUGAAAAGGUUUCAAUAAACCAACAUUGCACACUUCUUUAGAAAAAAAUACUGACUUUUUCACAAUCAUACACAAUGUGUUCCAAUGAUUCUCUCUCCUCUAAACAAAAAGUGCUUAAAUUGUUUCCAAUCAUUUUCAAAAAAGUGUCUGUAGUUAAAAUUAUAUUAUUUACUCGAUAUUGUAGCCAUUGUAAUUUAUAAUAUUCUGUGUUCAUAAAAACAUCCUUAUGAAUUCCUCUCCAUUCUUCACUAGAUAUUUCAAAUUGUUUAUCCCAUUUUCUUUGUCCAUUUGGUUUUUCUUUGCUACAAUUCAAUAUUUUGUAAAUUUUUCUUGUGUUGGUUUUAUCAUCUAGGAAAGGUAAAAUGUGUAAGGGAAUAGUUGGUUCUUGUUCUUUAAUCAGAUGAUCAAUAUUAAAAUCUUUCAUCAUUUUCUUUACUACUUGUGUUACUCCAAAAAAUUCCAAAAAAAAAAUAUUUUUAAUAUCAAAUAUUGUUUUGAAUUGAGCAUAAGUCAUUACAUUUCCUUCCUCAUCCAGUAACGAAUUUAUUAAGUAAAUGUUGUUUUUACUCCAUUUCUUCAAAGACAUUAAUUUUUUGUAUAUACUUUAAGUUUUUCGUUGUACCAGACAACAGUUUUACCCAUUUUGUCUGGUGUCAAUGCAUUUUCAAAACAAUUCUCUAUUUUUUUCCAAGAAUUAAGAACAUCUUGCCAAAAUUUGUUUUUUGAUUUUUCAAUAUUCUUUAAUGCAUACGUUAGGCCAUAUCUAAUGACCUGACUAAUAUUGAUAUCUUCGUCUAUGACAAAUUGCAAUUUUGCUGAACUCUCCAGCAAUUUUUAACCCAGCAUAUUUUUUAAUACUUGCAAUAAAAUUUUAUAUAUUUAUCAUGUUUAAACCACCCUUUUCAUAUUCCUGGGUAACUAUAGACUUUUUUACUUAGUAUCUGUUGAUGGAUUCGGUAAGGAAAUAAACAAAUGUACAAUUUUUGAGAUUGCUAGAGAUUUUAUAACAGUUAUUUGGCCAAUUGGAGUCAGAUUUUUUCUUUUCCAUUGUUUUAAUAAAUUCUUAAUAGAAAAAGAGAUAUAACUAGAAAAAAUAUGAUAGCGUCCUGGGGUCUUCGGAAAUGAGAAGAUGCCAAUGUAUACAAACUAGUAUCAAGGUCAAAGGACCCCAGUGACCUUGACCUCUGACCAUGAAUACCAAACCUGAUAUAACUUUGGAACCGAUAUUGAUAGAGAGAUGGGAAUAUCUCAGAUAUGAUAAGACUGAUUAGCAACAAACUAACAUCAAAGUCAAACUACUCCUAUGACCUUCACCUUGUUCAUAAAACACAUUACAUUAUGGGACCAACAGAGACAUGGAAUCGAUAAAGAUAUGAUACUUAAAUGGAGCUGAGUCGAAUCACACCGUUCCCACGAUACAACCAGUAUUCAACGUCUCCUCCAAUACGAUGCAACAUACAUCCAGUCACCGCUUCCUGUCUUCCAUUAUAUCUAAUUCAGCUUUUUAAAACAAUUGCACCUUUAAUUCGGCGUCUAAUCCAUUUCAUUCCGCGCUGUAACUCUACCUGACCUGAACGCACUCCAUCAGCCAUUUGUGUUGCUGUUUUCAUUCUUACUUUAAUGUAUUUCUACGCACCAUUUCAUAAAAGUUAAUUAA